GUUUGCAAACGUUUCAUCACCAGCCGAGGUAACAUCAUCAGUGCUUGUGAAGUCGCCACAUCAUCUCGGCUGGUGAUGAAACGUUUGCAAACAAAUUUUUUUUUUUACAUUUACGUUAUCCAUCGAUACUGUUGCCCUACGCUUAAACUCCCAUUACAUCAGAACAUUUUCACUAACCUCUUUGUUUUGCUCACUCUCUCUCUCCCCGAGGGGUUUUUUACGAUUUGUAGAUAUCAGACAUCACAACACUUGAAAUCACAUGAUGUUCAUAACAAUACGUACAACUACAAGUUCACCUUUUCCGUUGAAAUCGCUGGAGUCUGUAAGGUGAUAGUGUGUGCGAUACAUGUGCACAGUGUUAAUAUACUAACUGCCAUCCAUUUGAGUGUGUGUGUUGAUUUCUUUCUUACGUUUUUAAUGUGCUUUUUCACAGUCAGCCGAGUGGAUAGCACGUCAUACUUUGCCUCACCAUUUACUGCUGUGGCCAGUCAAAAACAGUUCGCCCCAUUUAUGGUCGUUGAGAUCGAAGAGGACGACCGAGAGGAAACGAAUUCGAGAAAAGCUCCCGUCGGAGCCCGGCUAUCUCGACGUCAUCGUCCGGCCUCCGUAUGGCUUAUGCGACUUAAUCAGAAAUUGGACGAAGACGAUAAUCAAUGUGGUAUGAUUCAUGCGCGUACUCAUCUGGGGCACAUCAUCCAUGUUGGUGAUACUGUCCACGGGUCAGUUUGCUUUUCCAGUCCCACUGUCGUAAUUUCUGCUACAAAUACACCACUCACCAAUAUGUCAGUAGUUGCAAUAUAA